AUUAGUUUACCAGCCCUGGAACUGCGGCUUUGUUUGUAGCCGAGAAUAUUGGUGAUAUCAUAGUGUGUUCAAGAGAGGCAAAGAGAAACUCUCUUGCGCUCUCUCCUUAAAACGGAGAGUGCGUGGAAAUGAAAACAUUGCUUUCACCAUCUCGCCGAUUAGUCUGCAUAUCAGUGUUUAGUCGGCUUUUCGCUUUCGUUAGAUAAAAAUUAAGUGCGUGGUGUCGUUGCAAUUCGCGGAUUAUAUAAGGGAUUUGAGCCGCGACUGCAUUGAUUUUCCAUUGGCCAUGGCCCGCAUCGUUGAAAGCAAUUUUGUGCCACUCGCCGUGGGUGUGGUAGCCGUACUCGCCGGCGCCCUGAUCGUCCACUAUCUGCUGAAUAAGAAGUCCACGAAACCACGCCGGGAACCCAAUCGCACCGCUCGGCUGCGCACACUUGUGGAUCCCAAUGACAAGUACCUGCUGCCUCUCAUCGAAAAGGAGAAUCUGAGCCAUGACACUAGGAGAUUCCGGUUUGGAUUGCCCUCCAAGCAGCAUGUCCUUGGCCUGCCCGUUGGCCAGCACAUUCAUCUGAUCGCCACCAUCGACAAUGAGCUAAUAAUUCGGCCAUACACUCCGAUAUCGUCUGAUGAGGAUGUGGGCUACGUGGACCUAGUCGUCAAGGUGUACUUCAAGGAUUCGCAUCCCAAGUUCCCGGCCGGCGGCAAAAUGACACAACACCUGGAGCAGCUCGAGUUGGGGGACAAGAUCUCGUUCCGUGGUCCCUCGGGUAGGCUACAAUAUCUCGGCAAUGGCACCUUCUCCAUCAAAAAGUUGCGCAAGGAUCCUCCAAAGCACGUGACCGCCAAGCGGGUCAACAUGAUUGCCGGCGGCACUGGCAUUACUCCAAUGCUUCAAUUGGCCAGGGAAGUUCUCAAGCGCAGCGAUAAGGAUAAGACUGAACUGGCGUUGCUGUUCGCCAAUCAGAGCGAAAAGGACAUUCUACUGCGUGCAGAGUUGGACGAACUGGCCCAGAAGCAUCCUGACCAGUUCAAGAUCUGGUACACAGUCGACAAGGCAAACGAAGGUGAGUUGCAGUAAUAAAGGAACUAAAUAGCUCAUGCAUAGAUAUCAUUCUCGUCUUCAUAAGAUCGUAUCAUUUGAUCAAUGUCUAGCUCGUUUGUACAAUUCAAAAUUCGCUGGAAUGUCAAUUAUUUUAUUGUUAGAACUUUAAAACCGUUUAAAGCACUUAAUACCAUGGUUUACUCUUUCACUUCGAACAUAUUCAUGGACUCUUUUUUUCAAGCCACAUUCAAGAAUAUUCCACUUAGAGUCGGUUCAGAAUGGAAUACUACAUUUUAGGCUGCACCAAUCUUUCCCUUGCAUCCCAGCAUCCCCAUCACCAUCCGGAGUAUCACUCAGACAUUUUUCAAGCAUCUAUUAUGUUAAGAAUCUUGUCUCUGCCCCUUGAACCAUGCUGCUAUCAAACGCAUGCCGCGAAUGGGAAACGCGCGCUUUGUAGCCUGGUCCUACAACACUGGCCACGUGAACGAUGAUAUGAUGCAGCAGCAUCUGUAUCCGCCGGGCGAGGACACGCUGUGCCUACUGUGUGGUCCUCCACCCAUGGUGAACUAUACAUGCAUUCCGGGCCUAGAGCGGCUUGGUCACAGGGCCGAGCAGCGGUUCAGCUAUUAGGAGUUGAUCCAGCCGACAACAUAGAUACUAUUGCCUGUGUUUUGAUUUAAUUUAACAAUGCUGAGCCAGUGGGAAAGAUUGUGUGCAUCAGGUCUUGCUAAGAACACUUGUACGCCCUAAAAUGUUGCACUUAUAUUGAUAUUCCUUCAUAUUUUGCAUCUAGGUUGGCAGUAUAGCGUUGGCUUCAUCAAUGAGGAAAUGAUCGCCGCCCACCUGCUUCCGGCCAAGGACGAUACCAUUGUGUUGCUUUGCGGCCCACCACCAAUGAUUAACUUUGCCUGCAAUCCGGCGCUGGACAAGCUUGGCUACCAUCCGGACACCCGUUUUGCCUACUAAUAUGAUGGACAUUAUGGGACGAAAUUGCAUUUUCGUUGUGUUAUAUUCCUCUUUUUUUAUCUGUUGUCUCUUACCAGCUCAUCAAAAUCCAAGAGUUCGCCAAGAUUUCGGCAAUGUGAUUGAAAACCAAGCGAAUAAAAACAUUAAUUAGUUUAAAGUUU